AAAUGCUGGGAAAACUGAUUUACCAGUUAUUCGUAUUUGUCCAUACUCUGAAGCCACAUGUAGACAGUCCUCAUCAUGCCAAACAUAAGUAUCAUGUAAGGUACUUAUUGCUAGGUCUCUAACAACUUGAAACGUGAAAAUAGUGACACCAAAAUGAAAAUCACAAUUUCCGUACGAUUGUUUCCAACAGCAAUCGGAAUUUCACAUUUGCUGCUCCUUGGAUUAUGCAUGUAUGAAAGAAUGUGGGAAUUCGUACAGGUAGCCGAACCAGUUCUGCUUGGCGACGGUGUUGUCAUUUUGACUUCCUAUACAGCCCAAUACGUGACGGUUAUACUUCUCUUAGUAGGAAUAAUCACGAUGGAACUCCGCUUUAGUCUCCUCCUCAUCCCCCUACUCUUAGGAACCAUCCUCUGCCAAUUAGACGAUCUCCAGAAACAAAUAUCGAAGCAACAAGAAAAACAGAGGUACUGCGGCAGCUACUUAGCAACAGCACUCUCGACGGUAUGCAAGGGAAAGUACUACAAUACCAUGCACAAAAAAACAGAAUGUAAGUACUACUCAAACAACGAAAUUAGAAAAUCCGACAUGCCCAUGGACUACCCCUUCCAAGAGCGGGCAACGGCAACGUCGCUGAUGGGCAAGGGCGGUACGUACAGGCGCAACAAAAGGUACGGUCACGGCGUGUACAACGAGUGCUGCGAGAAGUCGUGCACCCACGAAGAACUCGAAGGGUACUGCGCAGAACCAUCACGACGCAGGCGCUGA